AUGCUGGUCGAAGCCCCGCUCCCCCCGCGGCGCGAGGCGGGCUGGCAGAUGGCGGCCGGCUUGGUUAAGUCGCCGCUGCGCUCGCAUUCCUCUCCUGCUCGCGGAGCCUCGCGAGCGGCACCUGCGCCGCGCGGGGCUCUCGUCUCCGGGCGGGUCGAUCUGCCCGGCCCGGCGCUCGGCGAGCUCCGGGGCUGGGAGAGGAGGCCGGCUGGGGGCUGGGGGCUGGGGGGGGUGGCGUUUGGGAGGGCCAUCUGCCUGUCUGGCUGCAGCCAGAAGCACGGGUACUGCGAGUCUCCAGGAGAGUGCAAGUGCAGGCUGGGCUGGCAGGGCCGCCUGUGCGACGAGUGCGUGCGCUACCCCGGCUGCCUGCACGGCACCUGCGGGCAGCCCUGGCAGUGCCACUGCCUGGAGGGCUGGGGCGGCCUGUUCUGCAACCAGGACCUCAACUACUGCACCAACCACCGGCCGUGCCUCAACGGCGCCACCUGCACCAACACGGGCCAGGGCAGCUACACGUGCGCCUGCCGGCCGGGCUUCAGCGGCACCAACUGCGAGAUGGAGACCAACGAGUGCGACAGCAACCCCUGCAAGAACGGCGGCAGCUGCAACCUUUUGCAUUCAACUGUGUUUACAGCCAGUUUUCUGGACUCUUAUGUUCUUGCUCCUCGCUCCACUCCAGAGCACAAAGUGACCACACUGAGCCCUAAAGCAAGCAAAGGGCCUGGUGGGAAUAAGCUUCUAGUCCCUGCCUGUGAGCUGAUUGUCGCGGAGCCCGGCCACAUGAGAAUGAGCACCCGGAGGGAUUGCUGGGAGACAGGCUGGCACGCUGCCCCUGCUGACCCUUGUUCCUUCACCCCUCUAGGUGGUCACUGUCUGGACCUGGGCCACAGCAUGCUGUGCCGGUGCCGGGCGGGCUUCACGGGCGCCCGCUGCGAGAUCAACAUCGACGACUGUGCCCGCAGCCCCUGCCGGAACAGCGGCACCUGCGUGGAUGGCAUCAACGACUACACCUGCACCUGCACCCUGGGCUACACGGGCAAGGACUGCAGCGUGCGCGCCGACGCCUGCGCCGCCUACCCCUGCCAGAACGGCGGCACCUGCUACACUCACUUCACUGGCCCUGUGUGCCAGUGCCCGCCGGGCUUCAUGGGCUCCCGCUGCGAGUUCAGCCUCAAGCCCACCCCCCCGGGGCCGGCCCGCAGGGACGCCGAGCUGAGCGCCGAGGGCCUCGGCGACAAGGCCGGGUACAAGCAGAAGCUCGUGGGAUACAACCUGGCGGACGAGCAGCCUCUCCCCAAGAGCAAGUUCGACCUGAAGAAAUCAGAGCACAUCAUCUCUGUCCCACCGCUGAGCUUCCAGAAGGACAGCCUGUACCACCCGGUCUACAUCAUCCCCGAGCAGAUGGAACAGUGCAUCUUUGCUACCGAGGUUUAAGCAACAGUAUUCCGAGCUAUGGAGCGCCGCGCCGCACCGUGCCCGCACAAGUUUACAUUCUUAACGGACAAUUGGAAAGAAUUUUAAGAGAAUAUAUUAUAUCUUUAUCUAUUUAAUAUUUAUUCAUGCUGCUCGUUUGGAAAUGGACUACUUUUGACACUGGUCUUGAAAGAAGAAUUUUUUUUUCCUGUAUGUUGAAAAUACUUCGGACUGUCUGGGAGGAGAGGAGGCUAUAGUGAAGAACUAGCCGGAAGAUAUUUGCACUACAUUUUUUUUCUCUUCUUUUUUUCUUUUUUUUUUAGCAUUAAAACAUUCCACAAAUAAUGCGGAGAACCAAUGAUUUUUUUUCCCCAAGUAAAAAGGCAGGACCUUUUUUUUUUUUUGCCAGUACCUGUGUGAAAGCGAACUGCGGAACAGUGCGUCUCUGCACACGGGGGGCUGGUUUCAGUCAUGAACAGUACCUUUCCGGUCUCGGGCCCCCUCUGUCCCCCCCCAGGAUCGCGAGCCGGGGUGGGGGGGGGGCUGGUAAGGGGCAGGUUGCACGAGCAGAGUCCCGCGCUGCUCCACGGCUGCAGGUCCCGCAGAUUCAAGAUCGCACCCAGGGUUCAAAUAAGUGCCUGAUUUUUUUUUUUAAAGAGUGCGUGUGACAAAAUAAUUCACACAACGAAAUAUUGGUUGGAGAAGAAAGGUACUAUUUUUUAACACUGAAAUAAAUGAAUAUUUUUGUAUGUUUUUAAUACCUAAAUGAUUGACGUUUUUUAGCGCGUGUACGCAGCGAGUUUCGAUACCCCGCUGAACCCCAGUUUUGUUCCCUGCAGAAUGAAGGACUUGAAUUUUUUUUCUCCAUUUUGUUCUUCUUCGUUUGAAAAGCGUCUUUUGUUCCUUUUUUUUGCAUUUCUUUUUAUUUUUCUAAUUUAACAAUGCAAUGUGUACAAAAGCCUGGAUAUAUCUUUACUAUAUAAUUUAAUUUUUUUGUAAAUACGGUGUAUUUAUAAAGAGAAUUGUGUAUAUAUGUCUAUGUUAUGUGCCUAUUAUGUUCAGAAACUGAGAAAUCUAUAUUUUUUCCAAAAUAAACCGAAAAACAAGAAAGGAUAGUCUGUUUUCUGUGAGUACUGAAUGAGAUCGAUGGCCU